AUUGUGGUGUAUUGUGUAUUUUUUUGUUUCAGAUAGGUGGGAGGGAUUGAGGCUCAAGUCUGUAGCCUUUGUGCGUAGGCUCCCUGCUCAAUUGUACAGUUGGGUCCUGUGGCUGCUCCUGUUACAGACGCAGUGGUAAGGUGUCUGUCAGAGAGGAAUGUGUCCAUGUUAUGUUUCCAGUGUUUGUUUAUGGCCACUUCCAAUAACUAUCUCUAACAAGCAUUGAACUGUUGGAAGAACAUUGGCUUACAGUUUUCAAAUCUCUGCAAUUCUGAGUUAUACCUGAAUAAAGUUAGCGCAGCUUGGCGGCAACUUCAGUGCUUAAAACUUUACUAAACCAGAGGUGUGUUCCACUUGUGUUCAAGUGUGUUUAUAGGCAGCUCUUGGGCUUGUGACUUCCUGCAGUUAGAUUUGUGGGACUAAUGAGCACCUGUGCUAACACUUGACAGCAGACCUCUCUUUUCUCUGAAGCUGUCCUGCAAAAUGCCGUUUGUGAGGCUGAUGCUGGAAAGCAACAAGGUGGCCAGCUGAUAGAUUUCACAGGGUGCUUUCUCAGCGUCACUAUUCAUGUAAGAACUUGAGGUUACAAAAAUCAAUUAACCUUAAUGGUCUCUUUGGCUUUUGGUUCUAAUGUGGUGGUUUCAUCCUUCUAUCCUUCAUGCAAUCCAGAGGCACAUGUUGCUCACACUGAACUUCACCUUCCCUUCUAGGUUUCGUAUUUGUGAUUAAUUGGGCUAAAUCUCCAAAUUGGGAAUAUGCUUAGAAGUGUAAGUCUUAGCCUUAAUAUGAGUGCAAUGACUUAUCCCCAAAGAAACUAAUUUUCCUUAGAGUACUAUAUUUCCUUCUCCAAACAAGACUUACCUCCUUCCUGAGGAGUGAUGGGGAUGCUAUCUGGAAUGGCUUCAGGGGUGAUUGAGCCGAGGAAGUCCUUGCUUCUCUGAAGGCUACCACCUACGGCUGUAGAGAGGAGGAAUGCACUGGACACUUGUCUCCUGAAACCAGCAUUUGAAUCUUUACUGGGUGUUGACAAAAUAUACCCGUUCCUGUGCGCUAAUGAUUUUAUCAGAGUGGCAGAGUUCCAAGGGAGCAAUAAGUUUGAACUACCUUAUGGAAUAAAGAGAGCAGAGCAAUUUUUUCGUUUAGCCCUUUCAAGACUGCAGAACUGUGGCCUUUCCAGUGAAGAAGACAGCAUUGCCUGUCGACGGUGUGUUGUGGUUGGUAAUGGAGGAGUACUUCGAAAUAAGACAUUAGGGGAGAAAAUUGACUCAUAUGAUGUCAUAAUAAGAAUGAAUAAUGGCCCUGUGAUAGGGUAUGAAGAGGAUGUUGGGAGGAGGACGACUUUCCGCCUUUCUUACCCGGAAUCUAUCUUCUCAGAUCCCAUCCACUACGACCCUAAUACCACUGUUGUUCUCAUAGUCUUCAAACCACGGGACUUGAAGUGGCUUUGGGAGAUACUUGGUGGUCAGAAAAUAAGCGCAAAGGGCUUUUGGAAGAAACCGGCUCUGAAUAUGAUCUACAAAUCGAGUCAAAUCAGGAUUCUUGAUCCCAGCAUCACAAGGAAAACUGCUUAUGAGUGGCUUCAUUUCCCAACAAGGUUUCCUAAGAAAGAGAAACCCAAGCAUCCAACAACAGGGCUAAUUGCCAUUACACUGGCAUUUCACAUAUGCCAUGAAGUUCACCUGGCAGGCUUCAAGUACGACUUCACUGACAGAAAUAGUUCUUUGCACUACUAUGGCAAUGAAACCAUGUCUCAGAUGAUGCAGAAUGAGUACCACAACAUCACUGCUGAGCAGAAAUUUUUGAAGAAACUUAUAGACAAGAACUUUGUCGUCAAUUUGACAUGAAAGCUGAAUGAAAAAUACAAAGAAAGUCACUAUUUUCAAGAUUUGAAAAGUUUUUAUUUUUUGUAUGACAUUUUUAUUUUUUAAGUGCAGCAUAACUGUUUACUGAUUAAAGGAGCCCAGAAACUUCAUCAAGGCGAAAGCUUCUAAGCCUGAGGGUAAUGGACUAUUGCAAACAGAGUUAACUGCAUUUCUGUGAAGCUAUGUAAUAGUGGGAAAACCAUGAAACUUUCAACUGAAAGUAUCAGGGAUAUAUAAAAAUGUGAUGCACAUCACUUACGUAUCAGUGAGAGCUCUUUCCAAAUGAUUAAUGCUCUGGAAUACUUCUGUUUCUGAUGCUGUCCUCCAAAAGUGUUUCGCUGUCAAGAUACUGAGAUGACCAGUGUUCAGUCAGUAAGGUGGAUGUGAAGUCAUGACUAUCUGUCUUGUAUGAAAAUGGUUUUAAAACUAUGCAUCUAAAUCAUUACUGUGUGUUUUGGAGAAGGGUCAGCAUACAGACUGUACAGGUUUUGUUCUGCCAUACUCCUGAGGAGAGUAACCUUCAGCCAAGCAGCCACAGUUUCUGCACUGACCAUCAACUGAACUUCUGUGCCUUUGCCGAAGGUGAAGACCCAUUGUCCGAUUUGCGGAGAUGUUGGUGUUGACAGUGCUUGAGUUGUACCCAUUUUGUGGAAAAAUCAUACUCUCUGUCCUGUGCAUCCUGUAAAUUUUGCAGUUGCUGAGUUGACUUAAAAAAGAGGGAAUAUGAAGACUCAAGAGCUGUCCAAACUACCUGCGUGUCAGCCCCCAGACCACAACAGAGAGACAAACUCGGACAAAGAUGUUCAUGCCUGAGUUUAGAGUCAAUGUUUGUUGGAGUCCUAGUUCUCCAGGACAGGAUCUCAUGUAUUUUUCUGUUUGCUCCUCAAAAACAGUUGGAGUUUUCCAAACGAGGUCAGUCUCCUUCCUCAGAUGCUGUAACACAUCAAUACAAGCAAGGAAUACUCCCAUUUUUGCAGUAAAGUGCAAUAGGGAAUAUCCAGGAUGUACCUCAGCUGAAUUAUCAUUUGGCAUCUGUUUACCUCUUCUGUCUUGAUACUUAAGUUUGAGAUGUGUGCCUGAACUAAAUUAUUUAGUAGUGGGAAUUUACUCAAGAUUUUAAUUGAAACAUUUAAUGGGAUGUUUAUGUUUCCUGUAUUGGUUUGUCUCUGACAACCCUAUGAAUGAAGUAAAUCUGCAUGGGAAGGCACUUGACAAUUGUCAAAGAACAACAAUAUGCUGUUCCAGUUCUCUCACAGGACAUUUACGUAAAGUUAUUUAUUUUAAUUAUGGCAGAAUUUCUGGAAGGUUUUGUGGUUAUCUUUAUCAAUGACACCUGAAGAAAGCACAAUGAAAUCCACUU